UCCUACCCACUGGUUUGUAUUUGCAGUAUCAGCAAAACAUUGAACCUUAAUAGAAACUGACUCAGCCACUGACCGCAAAUUUGAGAGAUGUCAGUGGCAUUGAGUAGCAAGUCAGGAGAAUUUGGGGACGACAGCAUAAAUCUGAUGGCUCCUGCUGGUAGAUCAAAGUUUGGAUGGAUACCUCAAAUUUCUGGGUGGUGUAUUGGAGCUGCCGUGUGUCUGGGCUGUCUUCUAUUGAUUCUGAUUUUAGGCGUGGUGGCACACAAUUCCAGCGCUAUAGGUCAUCGCGAUUCGAUGUGUGAAAACAUGAUCGAUAGCCUGACUGCAGACAGAGAAUCUCUGAGAGCUGAGCGAGACCAACUGAAGGAUACUUCCAGCAACCUGACAAAAGAGAUCGAGGCUCUGCAGAGCCAGUACAAGGCUGUGGCUGCAAGCAGAGAUAAGCUACAAGAAGAGAAAAUCACUCUGAGAGAUGAGCGAGACCAGCUGAAAAUUAUUUCCAACAACCUGACACAACAAAUGGAUAUUCUGAAGAGCCAAUACAACGCUAUGAAUGCAAGUCGAGCAAAGCUACAAGAGGAGGUCGACAGGUUAAGCCUCAACAGAACACGUCGGGAAUGCCAUCAAGGAUGGAAAGCGUUUGGAGAUAAGUGCUACUAUUUCUCUACAAGUGGAGUGACUAAAUCUUGGGCACUCAGCAGAAAAGACUGUCUAGAGCGAGGAGCAGACCUGGCGAUUGUAACCACGCGAGAAGAGCUUGAUUUUGUCAGCAAAACUUAUGCAGUAACCUGGAUUGGACUGUCUGACAAGGACCGAGAGGGCAAGUGGGUGUGGGUGGAUGGGACUGAACUGCAAGGGGAUGAAUUCUGGCAAGAUGGGGAGCCCAAUAAUAGUGAUGGGGAUGAGGACUGUGCUGAGGUCUCACGUUCAGCAAAGAGAUUUAAUGACGUGCCCUGUAGUCGAAGAUUUUCAUGGGCAUGUGAGCUGUAAGAUGUAGAUGAUGCUGAUGUAAUUUAGGCUUUCCAAUCCAUUGUUCAGCAUCCAACUGCCCCUCAUCUGAUUAUCAUAACUCCUCCUGAAAUAUAUAUAGAAUAGUAGACAUUCUGAUAACAAGUGUCCUUUUAAAUGGUUAUAGCCUUUCACUGUUACUUCUGAGUUUAUUGCUUUCAUGAAAUAAAAAAAUAACUAAAAUACAUUUAACCAUGCUUUAAAAAUAUCACUGAAUUAAUUGCCUUUACAAUGUUUCUUAUUCAUAUCUUGUUCUUUCUUUAAUUAACAAUGUGUAAUUCAAAGCAAAAAAAGUAUAAUAUGCAACGUUGUAUCUUCUGAUUGAUUUCUUCCACUGCUUUUAAAAUAAACAAUAAAAACAUGGAGAGUAGGAUGAUGGACUUACUUGUUUUAUAUGUCUGUUGU